AUGGCUGGUGGUGUUUAUUGUUCAUUGUCACCUCGAGAUCCACAACAUCGUUUGCAUGCUUUCAUACAACAAACACAAAGUCGCCUUCUUUUUGUUCAUUGGCUGACAAAAAUGAAGUUUAAUGAUGAUAUUCUUUCAGCUGAUAUUCAUUCAAUACUCGCUAAUAAUAAUGUAAUGAGCGAUACUGAUUUUGAUCGACUAUCAAAAAUUAUAGUCAAACCUAAUGAUAUUGCUUUUAUCAUUUUCACAAGUGGUUCAACGGGAAUACCGAAAGCGAUUCAGUAUCGCCAUGAAAAUUUCAUUCGUUUUAUAUAUUCAUUUGGGAGUGUUACCACAUUGAAGAGCGAUGAUUUGGUUGUCCAGAUCGUUCGAUGUACUUAUGACGGUCAUCUUCGACAAAUAGUUGGUAUUUUCUUAAUUGGCGCUACAUGUGUCAUGCUACGUCCAAGAGGAAUGACCGAUUUUGAUUAUCUAGCUGAUGUGUUAUACAAUAAACAGAUUACUCAUUUCAGUACUGUACCAGUUUUACUUCAAACCUUUUUCAGUUUUCUCAUUCAGUAUAAAAGAAUAUAUGCUGUGAAAUAUCUCCGACUACUUUGUAGUGCAGGAGAAGCACUUCCUUCCAAACUGAUUGAUCUGGUUCAGGAGAUUAAUAUUCAUAAUUGUAUUUUCUGGAAUUUAUAUGGUCCCGCUGAAGCUACUAUAGUUUCUACCUUCUACAGACUACAUCCCAUGGCUAAUAGACAAAGUAUUUCAAUUGGUACACCACUUGCUAAUUACCAAUGUAUGGUUAUAAAUGAAUUUUUACAACAAUCAAUCACCAAUCAAGACGGGGAAUUGUUCAUUGGAGGUGUUGGUGUCUUUGCUGGUUAUCUUGGACGUGAUGAUUUAAC